AUGGAAGGUUUAAUCCAAGGAGCUGAAGAUGGAAAACCAAUGUCUCCAACCGUUAGAACUGAAGACUCCGAGUUUCAGACUAUGGAAGGUUUAAUCAAAGGAGCUGAAGAUGGAAACCCCAUGUCUCCAACUGUUAGAACUGAAGAAUCCGAGUUUAAGACUCCGACUGCCGCUGAGUCGCAGACUAAAAUGGAAACUCCAUCAAUAUUCCUGAACACUCCAAGUGCGGUGUACUCGCAACCAGAAAAUGCACCUACAUCUAUGAACAUAGAUGAGGAAGAGGAUCCAGAUAACGUACAAGUACCUAAACUUGUUAAGAGAAAGAAAAAUGUUCCCCUCAAGUUACUGUCACCCUUCUUAACUCAGUAUUCACACCUACUGGUUGGGGAAGAACAGUUGAAUCAAAAGGAAAAGGACAUGCGAUGCGUACUGGAUUAUGCCUUUGGAAAGGGAAGCCCAACUCAGGUGUUGUACACUGAUGAUUGGAAUAUAGUUACCAGAGAAGAGUUUCAAACCCUAGCUCCCAAUGUGUGGGUGAUGAAUAAUGUUAUUGACACUUUUGCAAGAAUACUGAAUGAUGAUCCAGAUCAAAGUGUCAAGAGUAACUUGAAGUUCUAUUUCUCUACAAUCCCUUUCAAUAUGCUCUGCCAGAAUGAACCGUAUGGUGGAUCACAGGAUAGUCAAUGUACGCCAUGA